ACCCCGGCGAGGCCGCGUAUUGCAAACGCCGGCCGCCUCCUUUUCCUCCGCCGGGUCACGUGCGGCCUCGUCAGCCGGUCAAACCCCGCCAUUAUCACGCACAUACGCGCCGGAGGAAGUGGGAAGUAGAAGCCGAGGGGAGUAGAUAGUGUGAAGUCGUCGUCUUCUUCCCCGCUGCUAUAAAAGCUGCCUGCUUGCGCGUUUACGAGGUUCCAUUUACGGUGUGGGUUACCGCUUUUGCUGGGAGCGUGAUGGAGCUCGGGUUGAGCUUGGGGGAGGCGGCUAUGCCGGAUGCUGGGAGGGAGCUGGUUCUUGGGCUCGGGGUUGGGGUUGGGGAGCGUGCGGCGGAGUCGGGGAGGAGGGAGCUGGGGUUUGGGUCGAGCAGGUGUGGUUCUUCGCCGGAGCCGACGGUGCGGCUCACGCUUCUGCCCAUGGUGCCCGGCCUUGGCCUCCCGUGGCCGUCGUCGUCAGAGAGCAGAGGGCAUUUGGAGGCGUCGACGCGGGGGUUCGACGUGAACCGGCCGCCGUCGUCUGGCGGCGGCUACGGCGCGGCGGAGGAGGAGCAGGACGACGCAGCGGGGGCCGCCUUGUCUUCCUCCCCUAACAACAGCGCGGGCUCCUUCCCGAUGGACGACUACUCCGGGCAAGGCCGCGGCGGCAACGACUCUGCUCCUGGCGCCGGCGGCGCUGGUGGCGGUGACCGCUCGUGCUCCCGCGCCAGCGACGAGGACGACGGCGGCUCGGCGCGCAAGAAGCUGCGGCUCUCCAAGGAGCAGUCCGCGUUCCUCGAGGAGAGCUUCAAGGAGCACAGCACCCUCAACCCCAAGCAGAAGCUGGCGCUGGCGAAGCAGCUCAACCUCCGGCCGCGACAGGUGGAGGUGUGGUUCCAGAACCGCCGCGCCAGGACGAAGCUGAAGCAGACGGAGGUGGACUGCGAGUACCUGAAGCGCUGCUGCGAGACGCUCACGGAGGAGAACCGCCGGCUGCAGAAGGAGCUCGCCGAGCUGCGGGCGCUCAAGACGGUGCACCCCUUCUACAUGCACCUCCCUGCUACGACCCUCUCCAUGUGCCCCUCUUGCGAGCGCGUCGCCUCCAACUCCGCGCCGGCCGCCGCCUCCGCCGCCACGUCGUCGACGGCCGCGCCACCCACAGCACCCUCCUCCGGCGGCAAUGCCCCUGCCGCCGCCGUCGCCGCCGCUCCAGACCACAGGCCGUCGUCCUUCGCCGCCCUGUUCUCGUCGGCACGCAGCUUACCGUUAUCCGCAGCACCGCAGGCGCAGCCGCCGACGAGCUCGUGACUCGGAAACUCCGGCGAGGGACCUGUUUGUAAAUACGCUCACUUUUCUCGUCUUUUUUUUCGCUCCUUUGGUUCUUUGGAAAUUUUUGUGGCUUACCAAGGGGUUUAGCGAGAAUCCGAGGGGCAGCGUCGUCCGUCCGUCCGAUUUGGGACACGUGAACGGCGCACGAUGUUUAAAGAAAAAUUGUUGCAUGUCACCGGAAGGGGUUUUUGGACACGAAUAAAAAAAAUGAAUUU